AAAUCUCUUGAGAGGGCGUCGAACGAAUUUUCCGCUACGCGGUCUACCGUAUAAAGUUAUAAAGCUGGCGGAUCUUCGUUGGCGCAUCGUCGAUGACGGCGACGGUUGACUGGUUGACAGCGGUGGUUUUCAGUCGCCACUCGCCGCGCCAGUCACGGUGAGAACGUUGUUUCGGUGUCCGAUUGUUGCGGUGCGACGUGUUGUGACAGACGUAAUCUGUCGCGGCUACGUAGAGCAUCAUCGUCGUCGCCGUAUCGCUAUCGCAACCAGAGAAACACGACCGCGCAACAAUGGCGAUGGGCAAGAGUCUCCGCGUCUACGAAAAGCUAGAUUCUCCCAAACCGCACUCGGUCAUACUCGAACAGCGGGGCCGCAAGGAGACGCUGCUCUUCGAAUCGCAGGCGAUCGCAGUCCUUUCCGCAGAGGAGCACGAGUUCCUAAAACCGAAAUAUACUAAAUUGUUGGACGCGUAUGGAUGUCUGGGUGUUCUACAACUGAAUGCAGGCGAGAACACUCUGUUAUACCUCGUUCUGGUUACCGGAUGUUUUUCCGUUGGAAAGAUCGGCGAGUCAGAGGUCUUCCGAAUAACGCAGUCAAGUUUUGUACCUCUGUUUUAUAGUCAAGGAAUGGAGGAUCGCGUGUCUGAAGUCAGGAAGGUCCUGAAUUCUGGAACGUUUUAUUUCUCCUGGUCUGCUGGACAGAAGUCGCUCGAUAUUACGUUGAGCGCUCAGAGAAGAUGUAAAUCUACGACUACGGAUAAUAGGUUCUUCUGGAAUCGAAUGUUGCACAUUCAUCUAUUGAGAUACGGCGUAGAUACGAGUCAAUGGUUAUUGAAAGCAAUGUGUGGCAGUGUGGAGAUUAGAACCGUCUAUGUUGGACACAGACAAGCUCGAGCGGUACUCAUGUCUAGAUUAAGUUGCGAACGUGCUGGCACUAGAUUUAAUGUUAGAGGAACUAAUGAUGACGGACACGUGGCGAAUUUCGUGGAAACAGAACAGGUGAUCUAUAUAGACAACGAAGUGACGUCUUAUGUUCAGACGAGGGGUUCGGUACCACUGUUCUGGGAGCAACCUGGUAUACAAGUCGGUUCCCACAAAGUGAAGAUAUCACGCGGCUUCGAGACUUCCGCGCCCGCCUUUGACAGGCAUUUAGAUAUGAUCAAAAAGCGUUACGGUCAGCAAGUCAUCGUCAAUCUUCUUGGCUCCAGUUUGAUCGGCAGCAAAGAAGGGGAAGCAAUGUUGAGUCAAUUGUUUCAAACCCAUCACAAUAUGUCGGAGCACAAAGACGUCCUGCACAUUCUGUUUGAUUAUCAUCAGGAGUGUCGCGGUGGAAACAUGAAAAAUCUGUCGAAGCUAAAAGCAAAGGUCGAAAAGUACCUGGAGUCGUUUUCGCUGUUUUAUGCUGUCGGUAAUACUGUAAUUCUUGAACAGACCGGCACCAUCAGGACAAAUUGUCUGGACUGUUUGGACAGAACAAACUGUGUGCAAACGUUCUUCGCACUCGAGAUGCUUGCCAAACAGAUGGGUUUGUUGAAACUGAUGGAGAAGCAGCAGAUGGUUUCGAGAUUUGAGGAAGUGUUUCGUCAGAUGUGGAUCAACAAUGGUAACGAGGUCAGCAAGAUAUACGCGGGUACUGGUGCCAUUCAGGGCAGUUCUAAGCUGAUGGACGGUGCGAGAUCGGCAGCUAGAACGAUACAAAAUAAUUUACUGGAUUCCAACAAGCAAGAAGCGAUCGAUAUCCUAUUAUUAGGUUCAACAUUAAAUACAGAACUAGCUGACAGAGCACGUUUAUUGUUGCCAUCCAACAUGUUACAUGCCGCACCGAAUCUCUUGCGAGAAAUUUGCAAACGUUAUAACGAGUAUGUGGAUACAAUGAAUCUCAGAGUGAGCAUCGGUACUUACAACGUUAACGGAGGCAGGCAUUUUAGAAGUGUAGUUUAUAAGGAUGUAUCCCUAGCCGAUUGGUUAUUCGAUUCGCCAAACAGAUCUUCAUUCUUAGCAUCUCUACAACAGGAAGACAAUGUUCCUGUGGAUAUAUUCGCGAUAGGAUUCGAAGAGAUCGUCGACUUGAAUGCCAGUAAUAUUAUGGCCGCCAGUUCGGAUAACGCCAAGGCUUGGGCCGAGGAACUGCAGAAGGUGCUAUGCAAGGACACAGAAUACGUUCUCGUAACAUAUCAGCAACUGGUAGGCGUUUGCCUCUAUCUAUUCAUACGACCUGUACACGCACCGUAUCUGCGCGACGUGGCAGUGGAUUGCGUGAAAACGGGAUUGGGAGGCGCUACCGGAAACAAAGGCGCUGCAGCAAUUAGAUGCGUACUAUACUCCACGUCCUUUUGUUUCGUGUGCGCGCAUUUCGCCGCUGGCCAGUCUCAGGUGAACGAACGUAACGCUGACUAUGCCGAGAUCACAAGGAAGAUAACAUUUCCUAUGGGUAGAACGCUGAACACUCACGAUUACGUAUUUUGGUGUGGUGACUUCAAUUAUAGAGUCGACAUGGACAAGGAUGAGAUGAAGGAAUUGAUCAAGCAAAGUGAAUUGGAUCAGAUACUGCAAUACGACCAAUUGAGGGUUCAACAAGAACAGGGCAACGUCUUUAAGAACUUUCAAGAAGGACCCAUUACUUUCGCUCCUACGUACAAAUAUGAUUUGUUCUCGGACGAUUACGACACCAGCGAGAAGUGUCGUCAACCUGCAUGGACAGACAGAGUUCUUUGGAAGCGUAGGAAGCAAAUACCUGAUAUUGACUCGCCUACAGAUUGGAAUCUAGGAAAGUUGGUUUAUUAUGGUAGGGCGGAAUUGAAGCAAAGUGAUCAUCGACCGGUAAUUGCCACGAUUGAUAUAGACGUGCACUGUGUCGAUCCCGAGAAGCGCGAGUGCGUGUUCAAAGAAGUGAUACAAGAUCUGGGUCCUCCCGAUGGCACGAUAAUAGUCAAGGCAAUGGAGGAUAUCGAGGAUAUGGACAGCGUGUUCGAUAAUAAUCUUAUGUUCGCGCUGAUACAAGACCUAUCUCACAUCGGCGAGGCAAUUCUAGUACGUUACGUUGGCGAGACUAUUUGGGUGACAUUCAGGGAUGGCCAGUGCGCCCUGGCUGCAGCGAAGAAAGGCAUGACGCAGGUGUGCGGUCAAACGUUAAAAUUAUCGCUAAAAUCACCUGACUGGGUACAGCAGAUCGAAAAAGAAAUCGAAAUCUGCAGCAACACUACAAUCGCUCAGUUCACGGCGGACUCGCCAUUGAAAAGUCCCAUGCAACGAUUGGAACAAUUGGAGAUUACCGAGCGGCCGUCUCCCAGCAGAGGCAGCCCGAAUGGCGUAAUCCCACCCCCAAGACCAGCACCACCGGGCCGACCCUCCCAGCCACCGAAGAGUCCCGCUCACGAGCGAAAGCAAAUACCACGAGCGGGUGUCUUCAGCGUGAUUCCCAACCAAUUCGCGCGCCCGGUGACGCCACCGGUUGCGGAUGCGAUGGAGGAUGAUCGACAAGACGAGAGACUUUCGCCGGAUUCGGCCAUAUAUGAGGAAAUACUUGAUGGAUCGCCCAGCUACCCCGUACCAAAUCGACCACCGCCGCCUUUACCACGUAUGGACGGUCCUCAGGAAUCAUUGAGUAGACCACCGCCCAGCUCGGUACCUCCUCCAUUGCCGCAUAGACAAGCCCCGCCGCCUCCGCAACACCCACCACCGAGUCUACCCCCAUCGAACGCUCCACCACCCGUUCCAGCAAGAACCACUGGUGGGCCGCCCAUUCCGGCCAGAAAUCCUCACUAAAAGAGAAAUGAAAGAGUAGAUAGGAUGCAUAAAUGGGACAUAAAUCCUAUUUAGGCCAGACUUCCGGUACGCUUAGCAUUAAUCUAAUACGUGUGAUUAUUUAUGAGAUUAAACGACAAGACGACAGUAGUCGGCGAGUCUUCACUUCCAAACUGAGUUAAACUAAGUAAUUGCAAGUCAUUUCGAUCUCUGAUCGCGAGCAUAAUUAAUUAUAGUAAAUUUGUACUCGUAGAUUAUUCUUGAGCUUAUCGAACACUGUAUUUUAUAUUUCGAUAUGUUGGUAAUAUAAUCGUGUUGAUCUGUUUUCACGAUGACACGAGAAACCAUUGUUUUUGCACCGAAUGUUUAAAGUGGCGCGAAUGGCUAUUGUUUCAAAGAUCCAAUCGAUUUAUAAUUGUUGACACAGAUUUAAAAAUGUAUAUUCAAAGCCAGUUGAAAUCGUUGUAAAAUUGGAUAUAUCACGAACACGUUAAUAUAAUCAUCAGAGUUUAAACAGCGAAAUACUUGCAGUAAUAAUGUUAUAGUUGUCACUGCUUGUAUUAUAUAUUAAUAACUUAAAAUGUUAAUUCUCAAUGUUAGAAUCACUUUUAAGGUUUAGGAGUCUUCACGGUAUCUUAGUAGCGUAAAAACUACCAAAAAAAUAUGUAACUAAGACUCCGAGGAGCGAAUUUAAUUUUACAAUUAAUCGUAUGUAGCAUGGUAUAACAGAAGGAAAAUAGUAGACUCAAACACAACAGUAUUCUCACAGAUGUAAGGUAAGAUAUUUCUUAUAAUUGCCCUGAAUUUCCUCUUUCUUGCACGCGAUGCGGAAAGCGGCUAAUUCAAUUAAUUUAAGGUCAUCCUGUAAUUAUGUUCGUUUAUAUAUCUCUUUUCUCUAAUUUCAAAGUUCCUAUUUUUUUACAUUCCAUCAAAAUUUUUAGAACGUCCGUCCCAACGGGUCCAACGCCCACCUAUAUUUCUUUCCUAACGCAUCGCAAUUUUUAUUCUCCAGAGAAUACAGUAUCAUGUUUCCUAUCAUGAUACAAAUGUUCUAUGAUUUUGACUGUCACAUUAUUUACAGAGUAAAUAACGAAUACAAAUUAAAUGAAGAAUAGUCAUUACGUAAGCGUCAUAAUUUACAAGAAAAUACUGACAUGGCAGCCAAAAUGUUAAUUUAUGGGUCUUUUCCAACAGGUUAAACACAGUGUCAUACUGUCACGUUAUUACAAUUAAUAACAUUAAGUUUGUUUGCGUUGCUUGAAAUCCCAAAAAAUUUUUGCACUUGAGAUAAAUAUACUUCGGACGUGAAGAAAGAGAAAGUAAAGAUGCCGAGUGCAAAAAGUAUAAGCAACACGAACAGACCUAUUAUUAUAUAUUCACCUGCAAAAAAUAUAUAAUUUUUGAAAUGUUGAUAACUGAAACAUUUUGCACGCUUUGAUUUUUAUUAUUAUAUUAACACGUAAACGACUAACAACAAAAAUAAAAAGCUUUAAAUUGUGAUGAUUUGUCAGAAACUAAUUAGAAUUCUAUCUAUUUUAAAAAAUAUUGUACACGACUCAGCACGGUGUAUUACCUUUGCUGGAAAAUACUCAUUAUAAAUUGUACAUAUUCCUAUUUAAUACCUUAAUUUUUAUCACCUCCAGCUCAGUUAAGUAAAGGUGGCUCUAAUCGCGGGAAAGUGGACGUAUACAUAUGUGUAAAUUAGUAUAAUAAAAUGUAUAGCCAAUAUAAGAGAAAAUUGUUUCCGAUGUACACUUAUAUUACAUGUACGAUACGGGUUUUGUCCUGCACCUUGGCAACACACAUUUCUUUACGCUUGCGUGCAUAGUUGAUGCGUUUUAUCAGUUAGAUCGAUCCUCACCUAUCUGUACAAGAUGUAAAACAUUGGACAUGUAUAUAUGUAUUGAAUGGUCUAAUAAAGAGAUCACUCGGGAACGGAGAAA